AUGGAUCACGCAUUACGAACAAUAUCAUAUAUUGCUGAUAUCGGUGAUCUGGUUGUCUUGAUGGCACGCCGAAUGUCGCAAUCAUCUAAGGAGGAUUUUUCCGUAAGUACACCUCGCGUGAUAUGUCAUGUUUUCGAAUCCGAUGAAGCAUCAUUUAUUGCCCAAUCCAUUGGACAAGCUUUUCAAGUUGCAUAUGUUGAAUUUCUUCGAGCAAAUGGUAUCGAUGAUCCAUCAUAUUUGCGUGAAAUUGAUUAUCAGGAAGUAUUAAGUUCACAGGAAUUAAUGGGUGACGAGUUGGAGAUGUUUGCUAAAAAGGAAACACAAAAAGAUGUUGUUGUACCGAAAAAAGUUGGUGAACCGUUAGGUGUUGUAGUUGUUGAAUCCGGUUGGGGUUCAAUGUUACCAACGGUUGUUAUUGCUAAUUUACAACCAAAUGGUGCUGCGGGCCGUUGCAAUCAUUUGAAUAUUGGUGAUCAGAUAAUUGCAAUUAAUGGCAUUUCCCUAGUAGGUCUUCCUUUAGCUUCAGCACAGCAAAAUAUUAAGGCGACAAAGAGUUGCACUGCUGUAAAAUUAACGGUUGUUUCAACACCACCAGUUGUUGAAGUGAAAAUUCGGCGUCCUGAUACUAAAUAUCAACUUGGUUUUAGUGUACAAAAUGGAGUGAUUUGUAGUUUAUUACGUGGUGGUAUAGCGGAACGUGGUGGAAUUCGUGUUGGCCAUCGAAUUAUUGAAAUUAAUUCACAAAGUGUUGUUGCAGUUCCACAUGAAAAAAUUGUUAAUAUGCUAGCAACAGCAAUUGGUGAGAUUCAUAUGAAGACAAUGCCAACAUCAAUGUUUCGACUGCUCACUGGCCAAGAAGUGCCAAAUUAUAUUUGAUAAAUAUUUUAACUUUAUUUUUAUCACUGCAAUUUCCUCUUGUUUAUUUUCAUUCGUACAUAUUGUUGUUAUUCAUUUCGUUAAUCCCUCAAUUUUUUUUUUUU